CAGCUCAGGAACGAAACUCAGAAACGGAAGAGCUCUCCCCGGUGUGAGGUGUCCUGCUUUUGGACACCGAAAUAAUCAUAAACUCACUUCUUGUCCAUGAAUUAGAUUAAAAUAACCUGACAUGGAUUUUGGAGUCGUCUUUCUGAUUUUCACUUGUUUUUCGAUAGUGGGGAGUGAAAUACACACUCUUGAAUACAUCUACACUGCCCUGUCAAAGCCUGUAGGUGCUCCUGGUGUGUAUGACUUCACUGCCAUGGGGAUUCUGGAUAACGAGCAGAUUGACUACUACAACAGCAAGGACAAGAGCAAGAUUCCCAGGCAGACGUGGAUGUCUGAGAGACUGGAUGGUAAUUACUGGGAUAAAGGCACUUCAUCUCGCAGGAGCAAGGAGCAGUGGUUCAAAGUCAAUGUUGAGAUUUUGAUGAACCGAAUGAAUGACAGCAGGGGGGGUCUCCAUGUCCUGCAGUGGAGACAUGGCUGUCAGGGGGAACCUCAGCCUGAUGGCACACUGGCUUUUCGCAAAGGUUUUGAUCAGUAUAGCUAUGAUGGUGGGGACUUCCUCUCCUUUGAUCCAAGAAAUUUGCAGUGGGUGGCCCCAGUUUCUCAAGCUGUGCCCACCAAAAACAAAUGGGACCACUCACAAACCCUCAACCAGUACACAGAGGGGUACCUGAAGAGGGAGUGCAUGGACUGGCUGAACAAAUUCAUGGCCUAUGAAGAAAAGGACUUGAAAGUUCAAUCACCUCCCGAGGUUUUUACUCGUGCUAAAACAGCUAAAACCCCCGGCAAACUGAUUCUUCACUGCCUGGCCACUGGAUUGUACCCCAGGGAUGUGGAAGUCGACAUCUACAGGAAUGAUGACAGCAUGACUGAAGCUGAAGGGGUGACUUCCACAGGCAUCAGACCCAGUGAAUUCAGUGCUGACGGGUCGAUGGCAAAGACGUACCAGCUGAAGAAGUCGAUUGAGAUACUCAAGUCUGACUUGGAUCUAUAUAGUUGUAGAGUCAUGCGCAGGACCUUGGAUAAUCCAAUUGUUGCUAUAUGGGAGCCUGAAUCUGACCAGGGAAUUAUAAUUGCCAUUGCUGUGUCCUUGGUGUUACUCAUCGUCUGCAUUGUGGCCAUUGUUGCUGUGUUCCUGGUUCUAAGACGUAAAAAGGAUGUGCCCUCAAGUGGAAGCUCCACCUCUACGGACACAGAGAUGGAAGCACAGCCACUGGAAAAUGGGAAGCCCAAUGGGACCUGCAGUCCUGAGGCAGAAAGACUGAUGCACCCAAAUGAAACAUCCAAAGGAAGCUCCCCUCAGGGCAGCAUUGAUUCAGGGCGCUUUUCCAGGCAACCAGGGGACUCCCCUCUUGACAGCAGUGAUUCAAGUACCCAGUCCCUGAAUGAAGGCCACGAGGAAGUGUAAUGUGCUGUGAUUUCCUGCUGGGUGCCACUGUGGAUGAUUUGUUCUCCAAAACAUCUUUUCAUGUUGGUCUAUUUUUUCCCAUCUUGUUAUUUUCAGUCAGAUUUGAUGUUAACCAAUGAGAAAUGUGAAUGUAAUAAACAUAUCACCACUGGAA